CAGCCAGUGAGUCAGUCUUUGGUCGCCAGCGUGGGCUCAGGUUGACUCCUCCAUUGCUCCACGUUCACGCCGAGGACGAGCCUCGGGCUGGCGGGCGGACGGUGACGCAGGCGGGGAGCGCGGAGUCACAAUAAACCGCCACGUCGAGCUUUUAAACAACACCAGUCACGCGGACAAUUGAAGUUCGGUUGGAGGGGAAGAAGCCGAGUUAUAAAUAGAGCAAGAAGCGUCUGCGGCAGGUUGGUUGCGUGAGUGACGCGGCGGGCGUGACGUCAUCGAUUACUCCCUAUCAGUGGAGAAUGUCAACUCGACGAAUAUUAAAGGCCGUACUAAUAGACCUCAGUGGAACGCUGCACAUUGAAGAAUCAGCUGUGUCUGGUGCCCAGGAGGCACUGCAAAAGUUACGCAGUUCUCCUGUAGCUGUGAAGUUUGUGACCAACACCACCAAGGAAUGUAAACGAACUCUGUUUGAACGGUUGCAGAAACUCAGCUUUGAUAUCCACGAGGAUGAGAUUUUCACAUCUUUAACUGCGGCCAGGAACUUUGUUGAGCAGAAACAGGUCAGACCUUUACUAUUGGUAGACAACAGUGCACUUGAAGAUUUUGAAGGAGUGGACACAACUGAUCCUAAUGCUGUGGUUGUUGGAUUAGCUCCUGAACACUUUAACUAUGACACAUUGAACAAGGCAUUCAGAUUAAUUUUGGAUGGUGCCCCUCUAAUUGCCAUACACAAAGCAAGAUACUACAAGAAGGUAGAUGGAUUAUCACUUGGACCAGGACCUUUUAUUACUGGGCUGGAAUAUGCAACAGAUGUCAAGGCCACAGUAGUCGGAAAACCAGAGAAACCAUUCUUUCUUGAAGCUCUUCAAAGUAUUGGAUGUCAACCAGAAGAGGCAGUUAUGAUUGGUGAUGAUGUGAGGGAUGAUGUCGGUGGAGCACAAAGUGCUGGAAUGUUGGGCAUUUUGGUAAAAACGGGCAAAUAUCGGCUUGGAGAUGAAGGCAAAACAAACCCUGCUCCGUACCUGACGUGUGAUGCUUUCCCACAAGCUGUUGACCACAUACUAUACAAUAUGCUGUAAUAAUCCAUUAAAUAAAAAGAUCAAAAGA